GUAUAUAUACGCGAUUCCUGGACGGUUGUUCGGAUGGGCGACACAGAAGCGGGCGCCGCUCAGCCACGGAUGUGAAUGGUGGGUCCAUUCGUAGCGAUCUGGAACGAAGGAAGCCGCGUCUCGGCCGGUGUACACACAGUCACCAGAUAAAACCGGACUUGCACUCGGUGAAUAACGAGUCUCCGCGUGGCUGUCCUCUCGGCUGCAACAACGGCCACACUGUUGUACCGCAUACCGUUUCACCGUUUCUCUUUUCCUUCGGCUUUCCUUCCUUCGGCCGACGAGAGAGAGAGAGAGAAAGGUUCGCAAAUAUCUUCGUCCCGGUCGAGAGGAGGGAAGAAGGAGGGAAAAGAUUGGGUCGCGGAGGUUGUAGAGUACAUAGAAGUAAGAGGACGUUGGAAAAAUCGAAGAGGCAUGGCCGAGGUGAAAGAGGCAGAUUGGUGAAGACUCGGGAAGAAAAGUCGAGUUGGAAGUUCGAUAGAGAGGAAAGAGAGAGGUGGAGCAGGGAGGAGGAUUUUUGUUAUUGUUAUUCCAGUCGAUCUGGAAUGAUCGUUUGCCGAACGGAAACGAAGGAAGAAAGGAGAAGAGGAUAGAAAAGGGAUCUCGUGUGAUUAUUUUUUACAUAGAAGUCGAUCGAGAUUUUUGUAUAGAACGGAUCGUUAUCGAUUAGUACGCGCCCCACAAUUCUCUGGUUUGGGAUCUGACAGUUUUGAGAGAUGAAUCUGUGCGAAGUGGAAUUGAGGAAUAAAAAUUUGUUCAAUUGGAGCCAAGAGAACAGCGUGCUGUGGAAAAAGGUCUUGUUGGUCUAUCUAAGUGAUUUCUGGCUGAUGACAUUCUUCUUGGGAAUGUGGGAAAUAUACACGUGGGGGGAUUACAUGUUCGAAGAAUUUGACGAUGAUUACGAGCCAUUAGACGCUUUGUAACUCGUGAGAAAAGUUUGCUUCUUCCCAGAAUUUUCUUAAGAGAGCAUGGAUUUGAAGAACGUGUUCGAAGAUCUUGAACCGCUUGGAUAUAGAAAAUUGGCUACACAUGAAGAAUGGUGAAUCGAGGGACUGAGGUAGGAAGAGAAUCGUAAAAGUCGAUCGUGAAAAAAAAAAAAAAAAAAAAGAGAAAAUAUCAAAAGAAGAUGAAAAUGAUCGUCGCGAACGGAAUAAAUGGACACGUGGAGGAAUAUUUGGAUAAGGUCGAGGUGAAUGAGGAGGAGGAAAAGAGAAGGGAGAAGAAAGGCGUCACGUAUCAGAUAAUGAUGGUUCUCUGCGCUAAUUCUUCGAUCCUGGGUCCGUCCAUGGCUUUCGGUUAUAGCGCAGUGGCAUUGGAACCGAUGACGGCACCUAGUAGCGACGUGAAAAUCGACAAAGUUCAAGCAAAUUGGAUCGCCACAGCUACAGCACUGGGCAUCCCACUCGGUUGCAUUGUAUCUAGUUACACUAUGAGGCGGGGAAGAAAGUUGAGCCUGUUGAUAACGUCGAUCGUGUCCAUCGUUGGAUGGCUGCUCAUUUAUCUCGCCGGAACGUACGAGCAGAUUCUUGUGGGCAGAAUUAUUUCCGGAAUCGCGACCGGAAUGGCCUCGGUCCCAGCCACCGUUUACAGCGCGGAGAUCUCUUCUCCAAAAUGGCGAUCGACCAUGGUCACGUGGACCAGCAUAACCAUCGCUAUUGGCGUUUUGAUCGUUUACAUUUUUGGCUAUGCGUUGAAGGACAACUGGCGUACGGUGGCACUGCUGUGCGCCCUGUUUCCCCUGGUCUCGGCCGCACUGACCUUGGCCAUCGUCCCAGAAACCCCGAUCUGGUUGCGAGACAGAGGUCGUCUAGACGAGGCGUUACAGGUGUUGAAGAAAUUCCGCGGCGUCCCCAACGAUGCGCCGCCCCCGCAACAAUUGCGCCAAGAGUUGAGGCCGCGUCCCGAACGGGCGAAUCAAAACUUCGCGAAGCAUUUGCUGAAGAGGAACGCCGUCCUGCCGUUCUCUAUUAUGCUCGGCUACUUCUUCUUCCAACAAUUCUCCGGAAUAUUCGUCGUCGUGUAUUACGCCGUGAACAUAGUGGAGAGCGCUGGUAUCGCCGUAGAUCCGAAUUUGGGCGCGGUGUUGAUAGGAUUGACCAGGUUGCUGGGCAGCGUGUUGGUGGCGUGCGCGUCGGGAAGGUUCGGCAGAAGGAAGCCAUCGAUCGUCUCCGGAUGCUCGAUGACCGUUUUCAUGGGGAUUUUGUCCGUCUAUUUGUGGGCCGAGGACGGGGGAUAUCGCGUGAACGACAACGGGCUGAUCCCAGCGAUAUGCGUGUUGAUGUACAUUUUCGGCAGCACGCUCGGCUUCUUGGUCGUCCCUUUCGCCAUGGUGGGCGAGGUGUAUCCAACGAGGGUGAAGGAAGCGUUGACGGGGAUGACCUCGUGUAUCAAUUAUAUUUUCAGCUCGAUCACGGUGAAAAUUUAUCCGGACAUGGAGGCCGGUAUGGGGAGGCGAGGCGUGUUCGUAUUUUUCACCGUGAUGUCGUUGCUGGGAACGUUGUUCGUUAUUUUUCUCCUGCCUGAGACGAAAGGGAAGACGUUGAGAGAAAUCGAGGACAUGUUCUCGAAGAAGAAGAAGAAGGGGAAGGGGAAGGGGGAGGAGGAAGUUGUUAAUUGGGGAGAGGAGAGAGAAAAAAUGAUAGAUCUCAAAAAUCCUGUAUCCGAACAGGCGUAGUUUCGUCCUUCUUCUCGGACAGAAGAUAUCAAUGCAAAGGAAAUACUCCUAAUUUUUUUUAAAUUAACUUUUAACAAUUAUUAUUAUUUUUUUUUUUUUUAGAAUAGAGAAAAGAAUUCGAUCGCGAAAUUUUUUUCCAAUUAAUUAAAUCAUUCCAUGAAAGUUUAACCAUAAUAUUAUACGUCACAAUAUAUCUACCGCUAUGUGUUCAUUUUUCAUUUUAACUUAAGAAAUUCUUUCGAUUAAUGUUAUAUCGAAUAUUUUUUUAUUAUACGAUAAUAAUGUGUAACAUCACCUCUGUAUAGGAGAAAGAUUAAUCUCGUUAGUCUCUUAGUUUGAGAAUAGUUACAAUUUAUUACGCAUUUUAAUCCUUUAGUUUAUUAUAUUAUAUAGCUUGAUCCUAUUGCAAAGCGUUGCAACAUUGUUAUCAUAUUGUUACUUGGUACAGUUUCUAAAUGGAACUGUAUAAAUAAAUUGUAACGUGAUAACGACACAAAUGAACGAUAAGAAAUGUCAA